AUGCGACUUUCCAUCCUCAUUAUCUACGGCAUCAUCUCGGUCUACGCCGAAGAAAGUGAUGCUCCUCUCAUACCAGGUCCGCUUACUAAGCCUCACGCCCCCCCUACUGUUGUAUUCGAGGACCCACCCGACUGCCUACAGCAUACUACGGAUGUGAACGUCUGUCUGUAUACGCUGAGGAAUCACACUAUGGUUCACAUGGGCUCAACUAUUGAGUCAUUAUAUGGCAAUAAACUCACUGUGGACUUCCAGGUAGACUCAACUUAUCCUAGAUGGGUGGGUAUUGGUAUUUCCGAGGCGAGCGGGACGUUCCUGGCUCAUGAAGCUUUGCCAGAUGGAAUGAGGCUCAUCAUGGACUUUCACAUCCCGUACUUCAGAUUAUUCAACAUAGAUUCUGUUCGGCCGGGGACGCUUUUUAAACAACUCCGCUUCAGAACAAGAUUUGCUACCAACGUGUAUGUGCCGGACUUGGGAUGGCUUAAUACAUCCUCGGAAAAUAUGGGUGAAGCCCGUGCCUACAUGCCAGGGCAAGCUAACCGUGGCUACCUGGAGAUAUCCCAUCCAGUAGAAGGGAGGAGAGGCUCUCUCUUCUCGCGUGCUACAUUCAAUUUGGUUCUCGCCACCAGAGACGGACUGAACUGGGGGCUAUUCGAUUCAUAUAUUGAUGUCGUUAUCCAGGGUCCCAAGCACGGUGGCCACUUCGAACACGGGGGGCGACUUCGUAUCUUUGAGAAAAGUCGACCAGUCCUCGAUAGUUAA